AUGCGUUCCGUCUUCGCCCUCAGCAUUGCCGCCUUCACUGGCCUGGUCGCUGCUCAGGACGCUCCCCAGAUGAGCUACCCAUACACCAUUGACCCCAACACCGUCGACCAGUCUACCAGGGAUUACUGGUGCGACCAGAACAGAGCACAGUGCCCGCUCAUCUGCCUCCAACAGCCCGGUAUCGACUCCAUGACCACCGAGCAGAACGACUGUGAUUCCGACGCUCUGACCUACACCUGUGUCUGUGACAACGGUGUCUCUCCCAACAUCACCCAGUACUCGCAGACCCUGCCAUACUUCAUCUGCCAACAAUGGGGAAACAACUGUGUCGCCAACUGCAACGGUGACAGCACUUGCCAGAGCGCUUGCCGUGAGGACCACCCAUGCGGAGCCCAAGACCCCUACCGCGGUAACACCUCUCUACCUACCACCAUGUCCUCCACCGCUGCCCCAACCGGCUCCAACGGCGCUGCUACCAACACCAUCCCCGUCACCGGCUUCGGCGGCGGCGGUGCUGAGGAGACUGGUUCCAGCGACAGCGGCUCAUCCGACCAAGGCGGUGCUGGCUCCAUCUUCAUGCCCAACGCCGGUCUUGGUCUCGCCGCCGUCUUCGGCAGCGUCUUCUUCGGCUUCGCCGUCCUCUUGUAA